AUGAGGAAAUCGAAACUUGAAAAGCGGCUGCUACUCAAGAUGGAUGUCUCCAUCGUCCCACUCCUCGGACUCAGCUUCUUCAUUGCAUAUAUGGACCGGAACAAUCUAGGGAAUGCUCGUAUCAUGGGUAUGCAGACUGAUCUCGCCCUUUCCGAUGAACAAUUUUUCAACUGUUUGAUGGUCUUUUUUGUUGGAUACAUGGUGUUCAUGCUUCCUGCCAAUUUAGGCAUGCGUGUUAUAGGUCCGCCACGGCAACUCGGUGCAGCGGUUAUCUUCUUUGGCGUCUGCGGAACUUGUUUAUCAGCUGUUAAAAGCUACGGUGCAGUCAUUGGCCUUCGAAUAUUGAUCGGAAUGGGAGAGGCGUUUGUACAAGUUGGGUUGCUUUAUUUCAGCUUCUGGUAUAAACGAGAUGAGGUUGCGACUCGAGCAGCCGUCUACUACACUUCAGCAACUAUCUCAGGCUGUUUCAGUGGCCUCAUCGCGUAUGGAGUACAAAGGAAUCUUGACGGCGUCCAUGGACGACAUGCUUGGCAAUGGCUUUAUAUUGUGGAAGGAAUUCCUGCCAUCGGACUUGGAAUCAUAAUACUCCUGUUUUUACCGUCUUUCCCAGACAUCAUUGCAAAGAAAGGCAGUCAUUACUUCAGUAAUGAUGAAAUAGAUCUUGCUCUGCAAAGAAUGGCCGAGGGCAAGUUUUGCGGUUAUAAACUGAAGUACUCUGAAAUCUGGCUAGCCUUCAAAGACCCGAAGUCGUACUUUACAGCCGUCAUCUACGGAGCACUGUGCCUUGGCAUCGCUUCCGUGACCUCGUUUCUCCCGACUUUCAUCCAAGCUUUUGGAUUCGACAAGCGCAAUACCGUAGUCCAAACACAGCUUUUCACGAUGAUCCCGUACGCUUUCGCGACAGUCUCACUGCUUACAGUUUGCUUCCUCUCCGAUCGCAUCAACAGCAAAGGCCCCAUACUGUUCAUUUGCAUGGCAACUUCAUCAGUUGGCUACAUCAUCCUCAUGGCCACCACCAACAAAGUUGCCUUGAUUGCCGGAACAUGCUUUGUUGCUUCAGGUCUCUACCCCGCUGUGAUCCUCACUGUCUCAUGGAUUACGAUCAAUCAUGGCGGGUACACUAAACGAAGCACCGCUUGGGCAAUGGCACAGAUCACCGGCCAAGGUCUAAGCAUCAUUGGAACACAAGUCUAUCGUACUCCGCCGAGAUAUUUGGCAGGACAUGGGACACUCCUUGGCUUCUUCUGCUUGGCCCUUGUCUCUAUUGUUUGCAAUUGGUUUUGGAUGAGAAGAGAGAACCAUAGGAAAGAUGCAAGAGCAGAAGAGUUCAGAGCGGCAGGAACGAAAGAUGAAGAGGCUGAGAAGAGUAUGGAUGAGUUGUUGGACAAGCAUCCUAGUUUCAAAUACAUUCUGUGA